AUGCUCGGUGUUUUGUCCCUUGCCUACCAAACGCUCGACUGGCGGACCGUCGCGAUUGGUGUGCCAGCCAUCGUCGUCCUAGUGCACUUCCUCUCAUGGCUUAUCGAUCCGCACGGCAUCCGCAAGAUUCCCGGCCCACUCAACUCUAGCCGGGAGGCUGACGGCCAUCGCUGUGUCGCGAGAAAUGAGAAAGCGAACCGGGAAGGAUGGAUCGAGGAAGAAACACGGGGAUCCAAAACUUCCAUACUGCGAGAAUCUCAGAAACGAGAUUUUGAAGCACUCAACGCGGCCAUUGAGGGGCGGCAUUGA